GUCACUGAUAAAAUUUUCCAAAUGCUACUGAGCUCUUCGGACUUGAAUCUUCAAAAGCAUGGGUGAAAAACCGAAGAAGAACAGUAGCAUUGUAACCAUUUUUUCGUUAUGGAAUACGAUGAUGGGUGUUUCACUAAUCAGUAUGCCUUGGGCAUUACACCAGACGGGUUUAUUCGUGGGCUUGUUCAUCUUCAUUGCAAUGGGAGUGCUCUGCUGGUACACGACAUACUUGAUUGUAAAGAGUCCGAAGAAACUGAAGCACCUUGACGCGAACAACGUCGAAUUCACGGAAGUCUGUCGUGAGUACCUCGGACGUCCAGGAGAAGUCACUGCUAUCCUUUUCUCGAUAUUUGUUCUCAGCGGUGCUGUUCUCGCUUAUUAUGUACUUAUGUCCAACUUCCUAUUUUUCACGGGAAACCUAAUAUACGGGCUUGCACACCCAUCAAGCAAAACUUCUGGAUUGGAAAAUGAAGCACGAUGUGACUUUCUAAGUCAAAUGGAAGAUGAAUCUAGCGGAAACUAUACCUUUGAACCAAAGAUCCUUUUUGGACUGAAAUGGAAUGAAUUGUGGCAGUUGAGACUGAGUGUACCCAUUCUGCUGUCAAUAGUGACGUUUACACUUUUGAACUUCAAAUCUCCUACAUUUUUCACAAAAUUUAACGUCCUGGGCACUAUAUCCAUUGCCUACUUGGUGCUCUUCAAUGGGGCUCGCCUAAUCAAAUGUGGAGUCCAUGUGUCAUUGACGGAUACGAAUUCGGAGGUCUACACCAAAGCUGCUAACUGGAGAUUUCCCACGUUGACUGGAACGCUGACAAUGUCAUACUUCAUACAAAACUGUAUACUAACAAUUUUGAGAAAUCAGGCAAACCCCGAAAAUAAUACUAGAGAUCUCAGCAUUGGUUAUGUACUGGUUGGUUUCAGUUACACAUUUGUAGCAAUUUCUUUCUACAUCGCGUACCCAUUUAAGAAGGACUAUGUACAGGAUAAUCUUCUCAACAACUUCAGCGCAAGUUACCCAUGGAGUGCAGUUUCUCGAGUGCUCAUCUUAUUCCAACUAUUCACGAUAUUACCGCUCAUAGUAUUCUUUAUUCGUACGCAACUCUCAACUUUUAUUUUUAAGAAGAACUACCCUGGGUUACCUUAUGUCAUAGGUCUCAGCUUAAUUGUUGUGAUCUGUGGCGGUUUGACUGCCAUAUUUUUCCCCAGCAUCGGAAACAUUGUGCGAUAUGUUGGUGCCAUCUCUGGAGUCGUUUACUCGUAUGCGUUGCCAUGUUUAGUAUACAUGCAAGAGCAACGUCGGCAAAACACACUGACAAAACCUAAAAUCGCCAUUCACUCUCUUAUAAUUCUAUUUGGUGUUGCAAACUUUAUCGCUCAAUUUUUCAUGUAAUUCAGAUGCAAAAAGAUAGCGAUAGAACCUGAAAUAUUCUCAGGAACUUAAAGGAAAACUGUAUUCUGCGACAUAGGCAGAAAUCUUGUUUUGUUUAUG